CUCUAACUUUCAUAUUUCCCCUUUUGUACUUUAUAAUUAAAUAUUAAAAUAACUACUAAUUAAAAUGUAAGCUCCGUCUAUUCAUCUCCUGGACACAACCAACCACCACAGUGGUGACAGCCGGACGUUCAUAUAUUAAGGAGAUUAUGUUUCAAAUGGAAUAACUAAUUUCGCUUUGGAUAUCGGAAGUUUCACAAAAACGGUACUGUGGCUUUUCAAUUUUUGUUUCUUAAUUUCUGUCGGAAUGCAUACUGUAUAUUAAUUUAAUUUCAUUACAUAUAUAUAUUAUUACAUUUUAAUAUGCAAACAAAUAACGCUGAAAAUACUCACGUAGAUAAGAUUGCACUUAAAUUACCCCCCUUUUGGCGUACAAAUAUUAAACUUUGGUUUUUACAAGUUGAAAGUGCAUUUACUUUAUCUAACAUAACCAAAGAUGAAACUAAAUACGCAAGUCUUAUUGCACAUAUCGAUGCAGAAACGCUAUCUCAUGUAUCAGACUUGUUAUUUUCACCCCCUGCUACUAAUAAAUAUGAUGCUUUAAAAGAACGUCUCAUCACCGAAUUUUCGGAUUCUGAAAAUAAACGCAUUCGAAAACUACUUUCAGAACUUCAAUUAGGUGACCAAAAACCCUCUCUUCUCCUACGACAAAUGCGAGAAGUUGCUACCGAUUCAGUAACUGAGGAUUUUCUUAAAACAAUAUGGCUACAACGUUUACCCCCCAAUGUGCAAUCUAUUUUAUCAAUUUUAACUGAUCAAACGUUGGUCAAAUUGGCUUUACUAGCUGAUAAAAUACUUGAAACUUCCCCCACCCAGCAAAUAAAUUCCAUUAAACAAAAUGAAACUGAAACCGAUCUAAAAAGUAAUUCAUUUGUUGCUCUUCAAAAUCAAAUAUCAGAGCUCAGCUUACAAGUAGCGAAAAUGUCUGUGCAGCAAUACCGGCGCCGAUCAGAUUCUCGUGGCCGUACAAACUCAAGGACAAGAAAUAAAUCAGAGGAACGUUCUCUUUGUUUUUAUCAUUUUCGUUUUGGAAAAGAUGCGUUAAAAUGUAAACAACCUUGUUCUUUUAAUUCGGGAAACGAAUAAGUGCCACGUCAUCUAUUUUGCCUGCAGAUUCCGUGGCUAAUAAAUUAGGCAACAGAUUAUUCAUUUAUGAUAAAAAUACAAACUUAAAUUUUCUUAUUGAUUCGGGAAGCGCAUGUUGCGUUCUGCCUAUUUCUAACAGUAAAAA